AUGGAGGAACAAGAAGAUUUUUAUCCUGGGUUUGUCAUCCCUCCCAAUCCCAGAGCGACCAAAAUUAAUACUGAUGGUUGCCAAAAUGGAGAGACUGGUCGCAUUGCUGCUGGUGCUGUUCUUAGAUCAAGCUCUGGGAUGUGGAUUAAAGGGUUUGCUGCUAAUAUUGGUUAUGGUCAAGUAUUAGAUGCUGAGUUAUGGGGUAUCUUCUAUGGUCUCAAAUCUGCUUGGGAUAUGGGCUGCAGUGAUGUUGUGUUGGAAUCUGACUCAGCCAUUGCAGUGCAUCUUCUCAAUAAAACUGUAGAUGCCCUCCACCCUCUUGCUACCUUGUUAUGGGGCUGCCAGGACUACAUCAAAAAUAUUGGGGCUGCUCUAUUUAUCAUGUCUAUUGUGAAUGCAAUAUGGUGGCUGAUAGACUUGCUAACUUGGGCUCUUGCCUUGAUUUGGGUCUCUAAACCUUUCAAGUGCCUCCCGACAGUAUUAGGUCCUUUGUUGUUGAUGACCUGCGUGGUCUCUGUAGGCCUCAGGCCGUAG